UGUCACUUUGACAUUGACAAUUGAAAGUAAGAGUGAAACGGCUUGACGAUAGUAGUCACUGAAUUUGCCAAUUUUGGGAAAAAUUAAGUGAAAAUGUCUACCGUGGAAGAGUUACAGAAGAGAGUCAAGGAGCUAGAAGACCAACUAGCCUCUGUCCAGGGCAAUGCGAGCCCAGCACGCCAGAAAAUUGAUGUCAUGUCGUCCGAAGUUGUGGAUUCUAAUCCAUACAGUCGUCUGAUGGCUCUGAAGCGAAUGGGCAUUGUUAACAACUAUGAGAAGAUCCGUGAAAUGUCAGUUGCUGUGGUGGGUGUUGGAGGUGUUGGUAGUGUUACUGCUGAGAUGCUAACCAGGUGUGGGAUCGGAAAGUUGAUCCUGUUUGAUUACGACAAAGUUGAGUUGGCGAACAUGAACCGACUGUUCUUCCAGCCGCACCAGGCGGGCCUCAGCAAGGUGGAUGCAGCGGCCUCUACUCUGCAGAAUAUCAACCCUGAUGUAGCUAUUGAUGCCUACAAUUAUAAUAUCACUACAGUUGAGAACUUCCAGAAGUUCUGUGAUACUAUCAAGACUGGCAGUUUGACCGGCGGUCCAGUAGACAUAGUAUUGAGUUGUGUAGACAACUUUGAAGCUCGCAUGGCAAUCAACACAGCCUGCAAUGAACUCAACCAGAAGUGGUUUGAGUCUGGUGUCAGUGAGAACGCAGUGUCUGGUCACAUACAGUUCAUCGUGCCAGGCCAGACUGCUUGUUUUGCUUGUGCACCACCUUUAGUAGUUGCAUCGAAAAUCGAUGAGAAGACAUUGAAGAGGGAGGGAGUAUGUGCGGCCAGUCUGCCAACUACCAUGGGUAUAGUUGCAGGAUUCCUAGUUCAAAACACAUUGAAAUAUUUGCUGGAGUUUGGCACAGUCACCCAUUACCUGGGAUAUAGCGCAUUAACAGAUUUCUUCCCUAUAAUGGCAUUAAAGCCAAAUCCUCAAUGCGACGACAUGUAUUGCCGUCUGCGUCGCGAGGAACAUAAUAUAAAGCCUGUAGUGGAGGUAGCCACUGAGGUCACUGAAGACCUAGCACCAGUGCAUACUGAUAAUAAAUGGGGAAUCAGUUUGGUGGAUGAAAACACACCAGAGGAUGAUGACUGCUCACACCUCAAAUUAGUAGAAGGAGUUCAGGUGGCCUAUAGUGUUCCCGUAGAUAAUAGUACCCCGGAAUCAAGUACUGGUGGUGCCGUGGCUGCCUCUGAGCUCUCUCUCGAAGAACUGAUGCAGCAGAUGAAGUCCAUGUAAACUUGUCCACCACCAACCAAGUACCCUGGUGGGCAGUCCACUCCAUAUCAUUUAAACAAAUUUUCUGGUUGUUUGCAAGCAUUUAUUUGGUUGUAUGAUAAAGCAUUAUGUGCUAGCGAUUGUCUAAAGUUCUUUGAGAUAGCAAAAAUAUGCGCAUUUUACUUAAUUAAGUUUUACUUAAUCGGCCAUAAAAUAUUAAGAGUGCCAAUGCUCAAAGUGAAAUUCUUAUUAUGUUUAUAUGACAGUAAAUGUAAUAAUGAUAAAUAUUAUAUGAUGUAUGAAAGUUUUUAUAUGAGUUCAAACGAAAUGUGAUGAUUAACGGCAAGUUUUGGAACGUAAUUGUUUUAUAUUUUUGUGUCUGAUGCUUGACUGUUUUGUAAUAAUGUGUGUGUUAGCUAAAAGCUAAAGCAUUUGUGAUGAAGUAAUUGGGGUGUUAGUGUAACAAAACAUGGAGAUUUUCCACUUAAUCGAUUGUUGUCUUAAGAAUGUAUCGAAAUGUAAACAUGUAUGUAUUGAAUUGCUUCGUGAAAAUGCAUUGGAAGCAUUCCAGCUUAUUGUAUAAACUAUCUUAUUAUAAUUUAUUUAAGAGUCAAUGAAUAGUGUAAGUAGUAUUUAAUUUAAUUUUUUGAUGUGUUUAAAAUUUUAUACCAAUAUUGUUAGCUGCGCUGAGCUGAAUAUCAUUAUACACAUUGUAUUGUAACAAUUUUAAAAUAUAAUUAAAUAUCUGUCAGUA